AUGUCUGUCACUUUACAUACUGAUCUUGGAGAUCUCAAAGUCGAAAUCUUUUGUGAAUCUGUGCCAAAAACCGCAGAGAAUUUCCUUGCAUUAUGUGCUAGCGGAUAUUACGAUAACAACACAUUCCAUAGAAACAUCCCUGGAUUUAUGAUCCAAACUGGUGAUCCCACUGGCACUGGAAAAGGUGGCAAUUCUAUUUGGGGUAGAAAGUUCAAUGAUGAGAUCAGAUCCACACUCAAGCACAAUGCACGAGGCAUACUCUCCAUGGCUAACUCAGGCCCAAACACAAAUGGAUCUCAAUUCUUCAUCACCUAUGCAAAGCAUCCUCAUUUAGAUACGAAAUACACAGUGUUUGGAAAAGUUAUUGAUGGCGCAGAUUCGACGCUGGAUGCCAUGGAGAAGAUCCCAAUUGAUGAAAAGAACAGGCCACUGCAGGAGAUCAAGAUUAAAUCUAUUACAAUUCAUGCUAAUCCCAUUGCCGAUAAAUCCUAG